AUGGCGACGGCGACGGCGGCAUCGGCGGCGGCGAUGGCUCCUCCGGGCUGCCCCGGUUCGUGCCCCAACUUCGCCGUAGUCUGCUCGUUCUUAGAGCGCUACGGGCCGCUGCUAGAUCUACCCGAGCUGCCCUUCCCGGAACUGGAACGGGUGCUGCAGACGCCGCCGCCGGACGUCGGCCACGGAGAAGUACCAAAAGAAUUGGUGGAGCUCCAUUUGAAGUUGAUGAGGAAGAUUGGCAAAUCUGUUACAGCAGACAGAUGGGAAAAAUACUUAAUAAAGAUAUGCCAAGAAUUUAACAGCACCUGGGCAUGGGAGAUGGAGAAGAAAGGUUAUCUUGAAAUGAGUGUUGAAUGCAAGCUAGCACUCUUAAAGUAUCUUUGUGAGUGUCAGUUUGAUGACAAUCUUAAAUUCAAGAAUAUUAUUAAUGAGGAGGAUGCUGACACCAUGCGUCUCCAGCCAAUUGGGCGAGACAAAGAUGGCCUCAUGUACUGGUACCAGUUGGAUCAAGAUCACAAUGUCAGAAUGUACAUAGAGGAACAAGAUGAUCAAGACGGCUCUUCAUGGAAAUGCAUUGUCAGAAAUCGAAACGAGUUGGCUGAGACUCUUGCACUCCUGAAAGCACAAAUUGAUCCUGUACUAUUGAAAAACUCUAGCCAACAGGACAACUCUUCCCGGGAAAGUCCCACCUUAGAGGAUGUGGAAACUAAAAAAGAGGAAGAAACACCUAAACAAGAGAUACAGAAGGAAAAUGACAAAUCAAAAGGCAAUGAGCAGCCCGUAGACUCUCUAAAAUGCUCUAUAGCCAAUGUUCCUGAGGAGACCACUAUGAAAACUGAAAAAGAAGAUGAAAAGGAGCUUGUGAAAUUACCAGUUAUCGUGAAGCUAGAAAAACCUGUGCCAGAAAGUGAGGAUAAAAAGGUUAUCAAAGACGAAAGUGAUUCUUUCAAGGAAAAUGUCAAACCCAUCAAAGUUGAAGUCAAGGAGUGCAGAACAGAUCCCAAAGAUGUCAGGGGCAGCACGGAGAAGCCUGCCUCCCAGGAGCCCGAGAAGGGGGAGUUUGGUGGCAACCUCAGAUCUGCUCAGGACACUGCAGAGAAGUCCACUGAGGAGACUGAGAAACUUAAAAAUGACCAGCAAGCAAAGAUACCACUGAAAAAGCGAGAAAUUAAACUGAGUGAGGACUUUGAUAGUCCUGUGAAAGGACCUUUAUGUAAAUCAGUUACUCCAACAAAAGAGUUUUUGAAAGAAGAAGUUAAACAAGAGGAAGAGACUUGUAGAAGGGUCUCUACGAUCAGCACUUUGAAUCAUGAAGGGAAACAACUGGUAAAUGGAGAAAUUAGUGAUGAAAAGGUAACUCCCAAUUUUAAGGUAGAACAAGUAGAGACAAAGAUGUGUGAUACAAAGGAAGAUAGCUCUGACAGCCUCUCUAAGGACAGAACUGUCAUCAUGGAGGGAAACGGAGCUGAGUAUUUAAAUUCUGUGAUAACAAGCACAAGGAUAAUUGAGCUUGAGAAAGAAGUUACUGGGGAUAGUUCAGUGUCUGUCUUAGAGGCCUCCGGUCAGAAAGGGGAGCUAGGGGAACCUGAUCAUCCAAAAAUGGAAGUUUCUUUUGAAUCUUCUGAGAUGGCAGAGGAUCUCUCUUUAAAAACUGCCUCUUCUGCUGCUGAAUCCUCUACUAAGAAAGUUGGAGAGAAAUCCCCCAGAAGUAAGAAAGAUAACCGUCCACCUAACAUAGACUGUCUUGAGAAGGUAGAGAAAUCAAAAAAGACUCUUGUAGAUAAGGACAUACAAAGAUUGAGUCCAAUACCAGAGGAAGUUCCUAAGAGCACUCUAGAUUCAGAGAAGCCAGGCUCUUCUGAAGCGGCCGAAACCUCCCCAUCUAAAGUGACCGACCACGGUGAGAAACUAGCCACAGAUAAAGAAGCGGCAGAAUGUCAGAGUAAAAGUGCAGCUGAUUGUCAGUCCCUGGAAAGUGCACGUCCAGAAACUCUCAGUGAGAAUUCUGAGUCCACGAAGGUGGAAAUGGCCAGUGUGGACAAGGCACAGACUUCUAGCCUGGAGGAUCCUUCUGAGACCAAGGGGUCAGUGCAAAAAAGCAAAUUUAAAUAUAAGUUGGUUCCUGAAGAAGAAACCACUUGUGCAGAAAACACAGAGAUCACCUCUGAAAGGCAGAAAGAAGGCAUCAAAUUAACCAUUAGGAUAUCUAGUCGGAAGAAGAAGCCAGAUUGUCCUCCCCAAAUUCUAGAACCUGAAAGUAAGCAAGAGAAGCCAGAAAAGGAAGAAGAGAAAGCAAAUGUGGGCCGUACAUUGAGAAGGUCUCCGAGAAUAUCUAGACCCACAGCAAAAGUAGCUGAGAUUAGAGAUCAGAAAGCAGAUAAGAAAAGAGGGGGAGAAGAUGGAGUAGACGAGUCAUCCGCUGUGCAGAAAGCAGACAAGAAAGAACAUUUGAGAAAACCAGACAAGGAUACAAAUUCUAAAGUAAGCAAGGUAAAACCCAAAGGCAAAGUUCGAUGGACUGGCUCUCGAACACGAGGCAGAUGGAAGUACUCCAGCAAUGACGAAAGUGAGGGGUCUGACAGUGAGAAAUCGUCUGCCGCUUCAGAAGAGGAAGAAGGCAAGCACAGUGAAGAGGCCAUCCUGGCAGACGACGAUGAGCCAUGCAAGAAAUGUGGCCUUCCCAACCACCCGGAGCUAAUUCUUCUGUGUGACUCUUGUGACAGUGGAUACCAUACCGCCUGCCUCCGCCCUCCUUUGAUGAUCAUUCCUGAUGGAGAGUGGUUCUGCCCCCCUUGCCAACAUAAACUGCUGUGUGAAAAACUAGAAGAACAGUUGCAAGAUUUGGAUGUUGCCUUAAAGAAGAAAGAGCGUGCUGAGCGAAGGAAAGAACGCUUGGUAUAUGUGGGGAUCAGUAUUGAAAACAUCAUUCCUCCACAAGAGCCAGAUUUUCCUGAAGAUCAAGAAGAAAAGAAAAAAGAUUCAAAAAAAUCCAAAGCAAAUUUACUUGAAAGGAGGUCAACAAGAACACGAAAAUGUAUAAGUUACAGAUUUGAUGAGUUUGAUGAAGCCAUUGAUGAGGCCAUAGAAGAUGACAUCAAAGAAGCUGAUGGAGGAGGAGUUGGCCGAGGAAAGGACAUCUCCACCAUUACAGGUCACCGUGGGAAAGACAUCUCUACUAUUCUAGACGAAGAGCGCAAAGAAAAUAAACGGCCCCAGAGGGCAGCUGCUGCCCGACGGAAGAAACGCCGGCGACUUAACGAUCUGGACAGUGACAGCAACCUGGAUGAAGAAGAGAGUGAAGAUGAGUUCAAGAUCAGUGACGGGUCUCAAGAUGAGUUUGUUGUGUCUGAUGAGAACCCCGAGGAGAGUGAAGAGGACGCACCAUCCAACGAAGACAGCGACACCGAUCUCCGCAGCCGGCGACUGAGGCGGCGUCCUUCCCGGCCCAUGAGGCAGAGCCGGCGUCUGCGGAGAAAGACCCCAAAGAAAAAGUACUCUGAUGAUGACGAAGAGGAGGAAUCAGAGGAAAACAGCAGAGACUCUGAAAGUGACUUUAGCGAUGAUUUUAGUGAUGACUUUGUAGAAACCCGGAGGAGGCGCUCAAGAAGGAACCAGAAAAGACAAAUUAAUUACAAAGAAGAUUCAGAAAGUGACGGUUCCCAGAAGAGUUUACGACGUGGCAAAGAAAUAAGGCGAAUUCACAAACGCAGACUUUCCAGCUCAGAGAGUGAAGAGAGCUAUAUGUCCAAGAACUCUGAAGAUGAGCUAGCUAAAGGAUGCAAGCGUUCAGCUCGAAAGCGGGGCCGAAGCACAGAUGAGUAUUCAGAAGCCGAGCAGGAAGAAGAGGAGGAAGGCAAACCUUCCCGUAAGCGCUUACAGCGGAUUGAGACAGACGAGGAGAGCUGUGACAAUGCUCAUGGAGAUGCAGAUCUCCCUGACCAUGCGAGCCAGCCCAGGGCCCUGGCCUCAGCGCAGGAGAGCACUAAGAAGCCCUACCGGAUAGAAAGUGAUGAGGAAGAGGACUUUGAAAAUGUAGGCAAAGUGGGAAGCCCAUUGGACUACAGCUUAGUGGACUUGCCUUCCACAAAUGGUCAGAGUCCUGGCAAAGCCAUUGAGAACUUGAUUGGCAAGCCAGCGGAGAAACCCCAGACCCCUAAGGACAACAGCACAGCCAGUGCAAGCCUGGCCCCCAACGGGACAAGUGGUGGGCAGGAGGCAGGAGCACCAGAAGAAGAUGAAGACGAGCUUUUGAGAGUGACUGACCUUGUUGAUUAUGUCUGUAACAGUGAACAGUUAUAAAACUUUUUUCCAUUUUUGUGCUAAUUUAUUCCACGGUAGCUCUCACACCAGCGGGCCAGUUAUUAAAAGCUGUUUAAUUUUUCCUAGAAAACUACUACAGAAUGACUUUUUAGAAGAAACAUUUGAACAAACCCUGAAGUCUUUCUGUGAAGUGACCAGUUUUGAACUUUGAAGAUAAUAAUUGCUGUAAAUUCCUUUUGAUUUUCUUUUUUCAAGUUCAUGGUCCUUGGUAAUUUCAUUUGUGGGGGAAAAUCUUAUUAUAAUAACAACAAAGAUUUGUAUAUUUUUGACUUUAUAUUUCCUGAGCUCUUCUGACUUUGUGAAAAGGGUGGCUAAGAAUGCAUUCCAAAUCUGUGAGGGCCCAAACAGCACUGGGAGGGAGAGAAGGCACUCGUGCUUUAGCCUUUUCAUAUUAAAUAUAUAUUAUAUUUAAACAUUCAUGGCAUAGAUGAUGAUUAACAAACUGUUUAAAAGUCCACGUCUGUACUGUUGCAGUUUGAAGAUGUAGAUAACAUCAUACAUGAGUCAUUUAAUACUAGCCUUCAUGAAAUCACCUUGUUUACUAUUGGAGUUAAUAUACUUUAAAUAAAGAAGAGACCGUGAAAGUACCAUCAUGAAAACACUUUAACCUAAGUUUCUCUUAUAGUGGAAUUUCUUGUUUUCAUUGUUAUUUUUUAAAUCAUCUGAAAAGCAUUUGUAUAGUAAAAUGUAUAAUGAAGCUUUGACAACCAGAUUGUGCUAGCAAAAACAGUUUAAAUAGCUUUAUGCAAUGGGUAAUAUGGUGGCCUCUAAAAUACUGUAUCAGAUGGAGAGUUGGUAUAAUGAAUGUGGUCUUUCCUCAAACCCAGUAGUGUAACACUUCUGGCCACACGAUGUUUAAAUUUCUGAAAUGUCAUUUUGAAUGAAAUACAUCUGUAUAUAACAUACAUGAAGAGAUGCUAAGCUGACAAUGGUAUUUUAGCACAUUUGAAGACUGGGAAGGGAUUUUUCAGGUGAGUUGUAACUGGUCUAUUCUUGCCCUUAGUAUCUACUUCAAAUUGAAGUCUACAAACAAAGCAGUUCCUGCGGGAGAUUUUUAGUUUGAGUUUGUUUGUGUGUGUGUGUGUGUGUGUGUGUGUGUGUGUAACAGAGAUAGAAUGAAUUUCCUAUUUGCCUGGAUAUAUUAGCAGGGUUUGAAUGUAGUUUUGGCUUUUAGCCAUUAUGCUUCUAUUAAAAUUCAUUAAUAGUCACAUGACCAACCUAUAGUUGAAUGAGAACCGCCAACAUGUUUAAUAGGCAUGACAUCCAUUUAAACAUCUCAACACUUGAAAGAUAAGCCCUUUGCUUCAAUAGGCGGUAUAUGAUUAUGUAACAUAAUUGACACUAAAAGAUGGACUUUAUCUUAGUUUCUGUUGCAGCUGUAAAGCUUCAGGCAAACCCUAACAUUGUACAGAGGGCAGCACUUGUGAUGAACCUGUCACAUUCUGAAGCCUUCAGCCAUUACGUCUGUGAGUGCUUUUGCUCUGGGAUUUGGGGUUUUCUGUUCCAGUGUUGUCUGUUGCCGGCAAUGGACACACCCUACCUGCUGCUGGCCUGAGGAACUUUCAUUUCUCUUUCCAAAUUAAGCAUUAUAUGUGGUAGUUGAUGUAUAGUAAGUCACUUUUUAUUAAAAAGCUGGUAUUAGACUUGCAUUUUAAAUACCUCUCUAGAAACUUUAUACUCCUCCUUUCCCUUCCUUGACAGGAUUGCCCUUAAAUCUUACCUUGGCCUUCAAAGUUUCUAGCUGAUGUUUUUGUUGUUGAUUUUCUUUGUUUCACUUUAGUUCUAUAGGACCUGCCCGUUAAUGUUUAUGCUUUGAUUCUACCAAUGAACAUGUAUUUGUAUAAAAAUAAAACAGUGAACGCAUCCUACAAACAGGAUUCAACAAUG